AUGUUCUUCCGGUUAGUUCUCAGCGAACUUAUGAAGAGCUGCGGUCAAUGUGGGGCUUCGGUCACACCGCCUAUUUAUCUUCGUUACUCACGGUGAAAGUGAAGGGGCUUUGAACCAGUUUCGGUUUUUAAUGCUCUUGCUUGACAAGCGUGGAAAAGAAAACCAGCAGACAAAAUAGACAGUCUGUCGAGUAAACAGAAUUACUACCGUUUUAAACUUAUUUUAUGUUUAUUAUUAGACUAUUACUGAGAGAUUAAUGUUAGCUUUAUGCACACACACAUUUAAAUAUUUACUGUGAUUAUUCGUAAUUCUAGGAUAGAAAACUAUUUUGCGAAUUUUUAUUUUUAUUUUUAUUGUUGUUUUAUUGUUCAACUACGGAGUGAGCGGUCGUCGAAGCUAGACGAUCUUUGUCGGAUGUGUACAGCUGCUGCAAAUCUGGCGUGAGGGAUUAGACGGGAGGCGAGGAAGUCCGAAACCUGCAGCUGUCGGGAGCGCAGGAACGGCCAUGGAUAAACCCGAAAACCCGCCGCUGUAGGAUCGACCGGGGCCGCUUCCGAAGCCGGAGGGCGGGCGGAGAAAACUUUGUGUACCGCCGCCGCACAGAACCGACACGGCGGAGGGCUUCCUCCGGUCCCUCCCUGCUGGAAGAAAUGUGGCUGAACCCGGAGGAAGUUCUGCUGAAAAACGCUCUGAAGCUCUGGGUGACCGAGAGGAGCAACGACUUCUUUCUCCUGCAGCGGAGGAGAGGCCACGGGGAGCCGACGGGCAGGAUCACAGGUCUCCUAGUGGGAGCGCUGGACACGGUGCUGGACUUAAAUGCCAGGGUCACGCCCUUCCGCAUCCUCCUCCAGGUUCCCGGCUCCCAGAUCAGCUGGGUAAUCGCCAGCGGAGCUGCCAUAGAGGAGGUGAACAAGCACUGGGACUGGCUGGUCCACAACCUGCUUCACUCUCUGUCUGUGUUUGAGAACAAGGAGGAUGUUGCCAGCUUUGUCAAAGGAAAAGUCAAGGGCCUUAUCGCAGAGGAGGUUCGGGGCCGCCAGGCUGCCCAGGAGGAGGAACCGGAGAAGUUCAGGGAGGCGCUGCUGAAGUUCGAGCUGCACUUUGGCCUCCCUUCCUCAGAGAAACUGGUGACGUACUACUCCUGCUGCUGCUGGAAGGGCCGGGUGCCUCGGCAGGGCUUCCUCUACCUCAGCAUCAACCACAUGGCUUUCUACUCCUUCCUGCUGGGGAAGGAAGUCAAAUUUGUCAUUCCCUGGGCAGAGGUGACACGGUUGGAGCGGGUCUCCACCGGUCUGAUGACGGAGGCGAUCCGGGUCAACACACGGCAGCGGCAGAGGGAAUUCUCCAUGUUCCUGAACCUGGACGAGGCAUUCGGGGUCAUAGGUCAGCUGGCUGACAUUGCUCUCAGGCGGCUGCUGGACAGCGAGGGCCUGGAGCUGGACCGAGUCCUGCAGCAGCCCACGCGCAUCACCAAGAGGAUCCUAGAGGAACAGGCGUUAAGGGAGUACGUCCUGGCUCUGUUUCGGCUCCCUCGUGGUGAAAGACUCCAUGAGGUGGCCUCCUGUGCGGUGUGGACACCACAUGCCCGCUGCCAUACGGCCGGGACUCUCUACACCACCGACAGCUAUCUGUGUUUCUCCAGUCGAGAGGAAGGCAACUGCAUCCUGCUCCUACCCCUCUCAGAGGUGUUAUCUAUAGAAAAAGCGGAGAGCACCAGCCUGCUUCCCAACCCCGUCAUAGUGAGCAUACGGACCAAGAAGGCUUUCCAGCUGAUCGAUCUGCAGGACAGACACGAGCUGGUGGAGAGCCUGAACGCCAGACUCCGGGCCCUGCAGUGGAAACAGUCCAUGUUCCGCAACAAGAAAGACGUCAAGAGGAGCAUGAGCUCCUCAACACCCUACUACACGUUCUACUACGACACUGGGUAUUCUGACGAAGAAGAGAUAGAGGAGCAGGUUCUGCGCAACACCGUCAACAGUGAGGCUCUGAUGACGGCCUUCCACCAACACCAACCGGGGACAAAUGGCAACAAGAGCACGGAGCAGGUGAAGGAGCGGCUGUGGGAGGAUCACUUCGCAGAGUUCGGUCGCGGCGUCCACAUGUUUCGCACGGAGAAGAUCCAAAGACUUGUCUCCACGGGGAUACCAGAGUCGCUGCGAGGGGAGCUGUGGAUGACACUUUCUGAUGCAUCCUCGGACCUGGAGUCGCACCAGGGCUACUACGCCAGCCUGGUGCAGAAGUCGAUGGGCCAGAGCAGCCUCGCCACAGAGGAGAUCGAGCGGGACCUCCACCGCUCCCUGCCGGACCACCCGGCUUUCCAAAACCCCACCGGCAUCGCCGCGCUCAGGCGCGUCCUCACCGCCUACGCUCAUCGCAACCCGAAGAUCGGAUACUGUCAGUCCAUGAACAUCCUGGCGUCGGUGCUGCUGCUGUACGCCAGGGAGGAGGAGGCUUUCUGGCUGCUGGUGGCCGUUUGUGAGAGGAUGCUGCCCGACUACUUCAACCGCAGAGUCAUAGGAGCUCAGGUGGACCAGUCGGUGUUUGAGGAGCUGAUCCGAGAGCGUUUGCCAGAGCUGGCUGAGCACUUCCCAGACCUCUCCUCCCUCUCCUCCGUCUCCCUCUCUUGGUUCCUCACCAUCUUCCUCAGCGUCCUUCCCUUCCGCAGCGCCGUGUGCGUGGUCGACUGCUUCUUCUUCCACGGGAUCAAAGCUAUCUUCCAGUUGGGUUUGGCUGUGCUGGACGCCAACGCCGCUGAGCUCUCCGCCAGCACGGAUGACGGGCAGGCACUUAUGAUUCUCACAAGUUUCCUGGACCAGGUUGGAAGCGAGGAGUCGUCCCGUCCUCCGUUCCCGCCUGCUGCGGAGGAGAGCAGCCGCUGCAGCAGCAGCAGCAGCAGCGGCAGCGCCGCUGACAUUCCCGCCGUGGGACACACAAACAUCACCGACCUCAUCAGUGAGUCCUACGAGAAAUUUGGAGACCUGACCGUGAGGCAGAUUGAGAGGCUCCGCUGUCGACACAGAAUCCAAGUGCUGCAGGCUCAUGAAGACACCACCAAAGAAAACGCCUUGAGAUUGGUGACCCCAGAUGUUUCCAUCCCUCCAGAGAACUUGGCUGACGUCUACGACCUGUUCAAGACGGAGCACUUCAUCAGCCUGUACUGGGGGGACAGCAGCUCCGCAGCAGCGGCGGAGGCGGCGGCGUGGAGCCACGGCGACUCGGGUCACUCCUACGCAGAGCGGCAGUACCGGCUGGACCGGCCCCAGUUCAAGAGCCUGUACGGGCUGCUGGUGCCGUGGCCCGGCGGCUCAAACCAGCACACCGACACGGUGGCCAACCGCACCUUCACCCUGCUGGACCAGGACCGCGACAACCUGGUCACCUUUAGAGAGUUUGCUGGCUGGCUGGACACUCUGUACUGCGAAGAGCUAAAUGAGAAAAUCAGGCUGCUGUAUCGCCUUCACAUCCCACCAGCUCUGACGGAAAGUGAGGGUGACCCCGCUCUGAUGAAGAGCCCUCUGCUGUCCACCAACAGACCCCUCUGUGUUAAUCUGCCCUCUGGUGUUGAGGGUGAAGUGAGAGAUUACCGGGAGCAGCUCAAGCAGAUGCUGCAGGAUCUGGCCAAGGAGAAGGAGAAGGAUGUGGAGAAACCUCUGCCGCUCAUGAUCCAGUGGGAGUUCAUCCAGUUCUGCAAAACGCUGUACAGCAUGUUCCACGGCGACCCGGAGGAGAACGACCUCUUCCAGGCCAUCGCGACAGUUACCAGUCUUGUGCUGCAGAUCGGCGAGGCUGGCCACCGCGGACGCGGCUCUGGGUCAGAGGUCACCAGCCAGGGGGAGGUGAAAGGAGCACGGCCCGCACGCGCGGCCGCCGAAGGUGCUGGGGCCGACGCCAGCGGAGGCGGCGGGUGCUCGGCGGCGGCGGCGGAGGAGGAGUGGACGGUCAGCUACGCGCAGAUCCUGGCGUCGCUGCUGACCGAGCAGGCGCUGGUGAACUUCUUCGAGAAGCCGGUGGAUCUGUCGGCGAAAAUCGCGGAGGCCAAGGAGAAGCAGUAUCACCAGCGGGCGGGUUUGCUCACACUGCAGCAAGGGACUGGCUGACUCAAAUGGUGAACGGUGGACAAAAGCCAAACUUCUUAUGAAGACAUCCGAGAAUGUCAGUGUCGCUUUACAGAACGUGGCGGAACGCAGCGGCUUCAAGCUCGGAAGCUGGCCGGGAAGCUGAAGAGCCUUAAAGUCAUCUGUGACAUUUAUUGUUAUCAGUAGUAGGACUGUCUCCCAACCCUAGAGCCUGCGAUGGCUCCCAGUCUCAGCGGCAGGCCGAGUAAUGGCCAGGGUCUUUUUUUUAUGCUGUGGGCACUGAGCAAGUACAGUUAUUGCCUUCUGAUGUCGCCGUGAGGAUGCCUGCAGAUACACAGUGCUGUGAAUAAACGAUCCGUCGCCGCUUUCACUAAUUAGGCACCCCUCAUAAAAGUGUUUAUAACUUGUGCCUGAUAUUAAAGGUUAAUAAAUGAUUUCCUAAUCCUUUUAUAGAGCACUUACAAGACAAUCAUUUGAUUCACUUAGUCAGUUGCCAGGUUGUGUAACAUCUCCGGUGAGUCAUUCACUCAAAUCAUUAAUAGUGCAAUUAAUAAAGGGUAACAUGCUUCACUUUCUAAUAAGCCUUUAAGCCUGUUGUCAUAAAUGUCAGUAAGUGAUGUAAUAACAUGUUUUCUCACUUUAUGUUAAAGCCAACAGCCAAAGUUAGUGAGUCGUCUAUGUAAAUAAGUUAGCAAUAAAGAUUUUUUUUUUUUUUUACAUCAAAUAAAUGGAUAUUUGAUCCAGACUCUCACUUUCCAGAGGGUCAGAGGUCAAACGUUCCUGAUGAUAAAACUAAAGAGUUUAAAAAGAGACAACAAGUUUCCUGCUGCAGGAGGAUGAAGGCUGAUCAUGAAUCUCUAAAGUACACGAUAUAACUCAUAAACCCUUUAUUAAAGCUGCGGCAGUAAUCAUCACAAAGAGUGGUGCAGGACUAGGGACAAAUCUAGCAUGUACUGAGUCUUCUUUUCUACUGAUUUUUAUAACUUCUGCUGCUUUUUAAUAUUAAAUGUUUUCACAUCCAUGAAGCCCGAUUUCAAGAAAUAUUUUUUAAAAACUUUUUCAGACUACUGGAAGAUAGUC